AUGCAGGCUUCCACUGAUCCCGUGCAGGCAAAUGCUGCCGUCCAACAACAGCCGGCCACCGAAGACGGCUUCGUCAAUGACAACGAAGCCGCAGAGUCGGGUGCUGACGAUGACGACGAGGAGGGCGUCAAGUCAGACAAGAAGGCUGGCCGUCGCAAAAUUAAAAUCGAAUUCAUUCAGGACAAGAGUCGGCGCCACAUCACGUUCUCAAAGAGGAAGGCUGGUAUCAUGAAGAAAGCUUAUGAACUCUCGACACUCACUGGCACGCAAGUCCUUCUGCUCGUUGUCUCCGAGACCGGGCUUGUCUAUACGUUCACGACCGCCAAACUCCAACCCCUCGUAACUCAACCAGAGGGCAAGAACCUCAUCCAGGCAUGUCUCAAUGCGCCC